AUGUCAUCGGCGCAGAAGCUGCUCCGGCGCGCCCAAUUCAUCCCACUCCUCAUCGCGGGUUUGUAUGGCAUCGUACUGCUCCUCGCCACAGUCCCCUGGGUCCAACGCGAGCUUACUUACCUCCACUGGAUCCGCUUUCCGUUCUUUCCCAAAUACGACACCCCACACGCAUACGGCCUUGCUCCAUUUAAGACGCGCAACUUGGUCAUUCCCACGCCUGACGGCGAGAAGCUGGGCGCGUGGCAUGUGCUGCCCAACUCGUAUUACAUGAAGCAGGCUCCGUUUCCACCUCAAUCGGACCUCACCGCCGCGGACUUUGACAAGGCCUUGGGCGCCCGUCCCACAGUCAUCUACUUCCACGGCAAUGCCGCAACGCGCGCCUCACCCCACCGCGUGCGCACGUACGCUGCCCUCUCGAGUGUUCUCGACCUCAACGUCGUCGCGGUCGACUACCGCGGCUUUGCGGACUCGACCGGCGAGCCUUCGGAGGAAGGUCUCAAGGUCGACGCGCGGGCUGUAUACGACUGGGUCGCAGAGCGCGUCAAGGCUGCCGGAAAGAACGCUCCUCAGAGGCAGAUAAUUGUUAUGGGACACAGCCUUGGAACUGGCGUCGCGUCUGCGCUCACUGGCCUGCUCGCUGAUGACGGAAUCGUGCCAAAGGCCCUUGUCCUCAUCACACCGUUUUCUUCGAUACCUGACCUUCUUUCAUCUCUCUACCUCUUUGGAGUGGUCCCUCUCCUCUCGCCCCUUGCAUACUUUCCGCGUAUCCAGAACUUCUUCAAGUCACUCAUUAGUGUCCGCUUCGACUCGGUUGAAGCGCUUAGCCGUACCGUCGCUCCCACCCUCCUUGUCCACACAAAGGCCGACAAGGUCGUCCCGCACUCGCACUCUGAGGCGCUGUUCCAGUCGCUCCUCGCCCCCAACGGGACCGAGUAUGCCAUCCCCAAGCCCUUUGUACUCGAUUACGCCGGCUGGGGCACGCUGCACAUUUCGAACCCUCAACGGCGCCAGGUUAUCUGGUGGGAGGGCGAGUUCGGCGGGCACGACGAGGUCGGCUGGGCUGAGGGCACCUUGGACCUCAUCGCCGACAUAGCCAAGCUCAACAUGCCCUCUGAUGGGGCCUCUUAUAUCUCCCUGUAG